GCCGUCCGGCGCGCGCGCAUUGCCAAGUGCGCUUGCGCGGCUCCGCCCUUCACUCACCCACCUCCACCCACCUCCGCACGCUCUCUCUUUCCCCCCCUCCCUCUCUCUCUCUUCUCUUCCCCCUCCCCUCACGCCGCCCGCCUGCCUCGCGCGCGCGCCCCUCUCCCCCAAUCGCCGCCUUGCCUCCGGGGCUAUAAAAGGAGCGGCCGGCCGGGGUUUCCUUCCUCAGUCCGCCGCAGCGGCGAGUGGCUCGGGCGUUGCUGAGGAGAGGAAUUGAGAAAGAGAGAGAGAGAGAGGGGAAAAAAAAAGAGGUCGAGCUGCGGUAAACAAUAAAGACGCCGACGCCGUGCUAACUCGAGCCUGGCUGCUGGGCCUUGACUAAGCCAGCCGGUCUUGUGAGCGAGAGUGCUGGUCCCUGGCGGGGUGUCGGCCCGGCCGCCCUCAAGCCCAGACUUCUCCCGCGCCUGCCCUGCGGCGCUCCCCCCACCGAGGCCCGCGGCCGCCCAGCCCGGCGACGCCAUGAGCUCGGGGACGCCGUACAUCGGGAGCAAAAUCAGCCUCAUCUCCAAGGCGCAGAUCCGCUACGAGGGCAUCCUCUACACCAUCGACACCGACAACUCCACCGUCGCCUUGGCCAAGGGUGGGUAGGGGGCCGACGAAGACCCCCCUCACAAGGCGCGGGGAGGGGGGCGAGCGCGCGUGCGCGGGUGGGCGUGAGGGAGAGAAGGAAUAAAAGGGUGGGGGUAGGUUGGGGGGAGCCAGGAGAGGCGGUGGGUGGGGCCCCCAUCCUCUUGCUCUCCCCCCCCCCCAGGAGAGAAACGGGUCCGACGUCGGAAAAGUCGCGUUACCUCGAAUUCCUUUCUUUUCCCUUUCCCCCCUCCCUCCCUUCCUCCUCCCUCCUCCAGCGUUUUCCUUUCUUUCAUUUGCAGGGGGUGCGGUUUGUUGUCUGCCUUCAGCGGGGGGGAAGGAGGGAGGCAGCUGAGCUUUAAAGGGGGCGUGUGCUUCCCAAAUAGUCCUAAUUUAUUUGCUCGGCAGUGGGUUUUUUUUUAAAAAAAAUGGGAGAGGGGAAAGAAAAACAGCAACCCAGAAAAACAUGGCUACUCAUAGAUGGAGGAGCUGCUGCUGCUGUUGCUGCUCUUGAAAUUGAGGUUGAAGGGCCUGGUGGGAAGCUGGAAGGAGAGGUAGGCAUUGGGGGGGGGGAGCAACGCUUCAGCCUCCUUUGCAAACAGUCUUUGCUUCUUUCCCUCCCCAUUCGCCCCCCCCCCGCCGUCUCCCCACGGAGAGGCUGUAAAUGACUUGCUUGCAGUACAGUACUGCCUUUUCUUUUCUUGCAAACCCCGUGGUGCUAAAAGAGAAAAGAAUGCAGAGUUGAUAUUUAUAUACUUUGCCAUUAGUGGGGAAGAUUGCAAAUUGCAAGCCAGACAGUGCAGGGGGGUGGAUGUCUGGACAAGGGAAGAGGUGCCUUGCUCAUGAGGGCCUUGUGGGUUUUUUCUUUCUUUUUAAACAGUGUGUGUGUGUGUGCGCACGCAUCUUUCCCAGGCUCUUGGCUAGACUUGUGCCUAGGUAGAAAAAGGGUCUUCUUGCAUGCUUUGUUCUUUAAUACAAGUAAGGAAUAUAUCUUGGGCUACCUGCAUCUUCUACCCCUAUAGGACAGCCUUUCUCAACCUUGGGACUACAACUCCCAUCAUCCCUAGCUAGAAGGGACCAGUGACCAGGGAUGAUGGGGUUUUUAGUCCAACAAUAUCUGGAGACCGAAGGUUGAGAAAGUCUGUUCUAUAAAAACAGCCUUUGUAGAUGCUGCAACUCCUUACGACACACUUCCUACCUCUUGCUGUUUCUCACAGAAGAGUAGGCGAGCUUCUUAAUUCUACUUGCAUAGGCGUCCUGCUGACUUUGAAGAGAAAGAUGUACAAACUGGAGGCCUUAAGUUGCAUACUCUCUGAAUAACUUUGGCUGCUGCCUUUUUCCAGUCUUGCAAGCUCACUUUAUGGGAAGCAGCUGUGGUGUGGAAAAUUUUCUGUCCCUAUAUUUUUCUGUGGAAAAAUUUCCCAUGUUUAAAAACGUGGUGCUUUGUGAGAAUAGAUAGGAGAAAUUUGAUGCCAGCUAUAUUACACGGUUUCAGUGUUGUGAAACUUCAUCAGGAAGCAGGGCCGGUUUGGGGAAAAAAUCCAUGUGCAAUACCCAUUCUCAUGUUCUGGUUAUCUGUAAAUUGCUGGAAGGAAAGUACACAUCAUCUAAACAUGUUUAAUCUGAUUCAGAUUGGUUUAGGGCAUAGGUAAAUCAGGAGUGAACAUUUUAUGGAAAACCCACAUUACCAGGAGGAGAAUGUGUUCUGCAGCCUUUGUAGCUUCUAUAUGUAGGUUUUGUUAUUGUUUAGUCAUGUCCGACUCUUUGUGACCCCAUGGACCAGAGCACGCCAGGCACUCCUGUCUUCCACUGCCUCCUGCAGUUUGGUCAAACUGGACUUACGUACUCUGGAAAAGUGUGCCUCAAAAUCCAGGUCUGAGGGUAUGCUUGGGAAAAGAUGGUCUUUGCAGCUUUAUUUCAUCCACUUUGGUCUCUGGAUCGUCAUUUUCUCUUCCCGUCAUAUCUUGUCAUUUUUCAAGACUUUGCAUGAAUAACUGAGUAGAAAUGAGAAUGUCUAGUCUCCUGUAAAAUGCCAAGUAUGUAAGGGCACUACUUUAUUCACCUGGAGGCCCUCAUGUCUUUGACUUGGGGAAGAUGUGUGGUUCCUAUUUUCUUUCUCACUCACUACUUUUGAGAGCCAAGGAAAUGUCUCCAUGUUUCCCCUUCACUUAAUGGGUUGGGGUGCCCCUUCUAAACUUUAAUAGCAUGGGCCUAGAAAGCUUCUCUGGGGCCUUUGAUAAUGAUGAAAGUGACCUAGGUUCCUGCAGCUGAUGUCUGCGGGGCUGCUUUGCCUCCUCCUAUCCCCUAAAGCAUUUUGUUGUGUUAUUUUCAAUUUCUCCAGCUUUUGGAAUCAGUAAAUGGAAAAGGGGAUUGUAGGUUGUUGCUGGUGAUUGGCACACUAGGUGGCACAGGCAUUUAGCUUGUGGGUCAUGCCUUGGGGUGGCCCCAGCUUCAUCCCUUUUCUUUCUUGGCAAGAGACAGUUAUAUCACGCUGAAGACAGCUUUUCUCAUAGUAAGGUCUCUGAAAGCCUUUCUUCUCACAAAGGGAAUUCCCUUCCUCCCUGCUUAUUCCAUUUUGUUUGGAGGCUUCACCCCUUGAUUUUUUCUUUUCUUUUCCCAACACCUGUAAAGAAAACGGGUUUGUUCGUUCCUUGCAUUUGUUUGGGCUUAGAAGAUCUUGGAUGCCAGUGCUGGGCUGUCCACAUCUUUCAUAAGGCAUGGUAUUCUCUGGAACAUGAUGUAGAAGUUAGAGCUAAGAUUGUGUGCAACUGACAAGUGUUUGGUGGGGGGCUGAUUCUACCCUGAUUCGGCUGAGAUGGUUAGUUGUGACCUGGCUACAAACUGUCCAAGUCUCUAGGUUGAGGAAACAAGGCAGGCCUUGUAGAUGGGCAGAAUUGCAUGUGUUUUGUUAUGGCCUUGCCCUUCAUAGUCAGCUGCUGAUAUGUUUCUCUGCUGCUAGAGCCGAAGAAAAGAGCUUGACAAACCUGGCUGGGAUGUGCAGGGUUUAAUAGCUGACUACCUGGCUGCACUGGGGGGGGGGGCAGUGAGCUGCAUGUAUACUCCAUUCUACUUCAAUUCCCCACCAGCUUCUUGGAGCAACGUAUUCUCUUAAUUAAAGAAAUAUGGUAGACCAGAUGUUAGCCUUAUGUUUUCUUGUCCAAGGCUAAGAAAUCCCUUGUGUGUCUUAAUACUAAAGCCCAGCAGCCAAGCAAGAGGAGUAUUUGGGGGAGGGGAAAAUAAACUUUUUUAGUGCAGCUUAUCUGAUACCUGAUCUUGCUGUGCUUGAUUCAGGAGGGAGAUGGCUGUCUGCAGCAGCCAGCCAUUGUUCUCUUGUAUAGCUUUGUAUGCUGUCUGGCUUCCCUUACCUUGCAGGCAGUUGGAAUGUAGCCCCACCUCCUUCAGCUUGUAUGUCUGUCUCCUUUAAAGGUCCUCCAUCCUGCUGUCUUGCACUGCUCCUGCCUCUUGCAUCAGCCCACAUAAAGUGUGAUUGAGGACUGAUUCUGCGUUCUUUAUAGAUUUGAUAUGCACUCAGUUGUGAACUGCUGUCUUCUGCGUUUAGCUAAAUAUCAGGCUCUGUCUCCUCUCCAGUUCCCUAGUAUAGGAUUAAUACUCUGAUGUGCAUCUUGUUGAAACAGUAGCUGGCUGAAGCAGAGUCCUAGUCCCUCAGAUCUGUUUAUCAAAAGCAAUGUGUUUCUGAAUUAAUAACACUUCGAUUGACAGUAAGCAGUUGUGUUUUGAACCUGAACUUAGGCUAGAUUUUCUGAAUUCCUUCUUGGUUUUAAUUUAAGCCAGUUUAAUUUAAGCCAGAAUUCCUACUUGGUUUUAAUUUAAGCCAGUCUCAUGGUGAUAAAGAAACCAUACAUCCUAGGUAGUGUCUAGUUUAGGUCAGCAACUCAUUUUUUUGCAAGAACAUAUUUUGAAUAUUGCAUGGAAUGAAGGGCAAGCAAUUUGGAUUCACCUGAAUAUUCUUCUGCAGAGACAGGCAAAGGGCUCUUUAAUAUUUUCCUCUGCUGCUUGACCAGCAACAGAUUCUUUAACUUGAGGCAGUGGAUUUCCACACACCACCACAAAUCUAGGCAAAUGGAAACGAACAAGUAAGGUGCUUAAGGAGAGAACUUGUGUCAAAAGUGUCUUGCAGUUAACACUGGACUACGUUAAAAGAAAAUCUAUACUCCUUUCUCUGCUUGCUAGUCUGGAAAAAGAAGCUCAUGUGCUUAACAGAGGAGGGGCAGGCUGGAUUUAGCUCCCCACUUCCUGCGCCAUCAAUUGUCUGUUCUUAAUCUUUACAUAGCAGGACCACAGCUUAGUAGUAAUAGUAGAGCACUCACUUUUUUUAUGCGUAGGACACCCCGUUCAAUCCUUAGUAUCUCCAGUUAAAAGGAUCAGGCAGCGGAUGAUAGGGAAAAUCUGUCUGAGGCUCUGAAGAUCUGGCAGAGUAGACAACACUGAGCUAGAUGGACAAAUAGUCUGAUCUGGCAUAAGGCAGCUUCCUAUGUCCCUAGGGAGGCUUAUCCUGGGUAACCUUUGCAUUGUAUUUUGGACAUACCAUGCUCACAACUUUCCAUUGUGAAAAUGCAACGCUUCUGCAGCACCAGGAAGUGUCUACUGCAGAUAAUCCACAGCAGUGUUGCUGGCCACCACCUCCUGCUUCAAAAAGUCCUCAAUAUUGCCUACCUAUGGUCAAGAAAUCUUGGCUGGCUUUGUUAGUCUACUAAAAUGUUAAUUUGAAUGACUGCCUACUGCCCAAGAGGGGGAGAACUGUGUCUUCCGGCAUAAAUGCUGAGCUAAAAUGCAACAAGUGAGCCUAUGCCUUUCUCCGCAGCUUAGAAGAGAGAUGGGAGCUUAUAUCCCUAUUGCACUAAGACUCAAACAGCAAGAAGUGUUGCAAGUAUCUUUUGAGAAUCAGUGUAGCAUCAGUAAGGGCACAUUUCAUUUCUCUGUGCUUUUGAAGAAAACAUGUAGGAGGGUGUCCACGUGCUGCUUCAAACACAGACGUCGCGGUGUCAGAAAUCCCCCAGACAUGUUUUGUGACUCUUGUGGGUCCAAUUUAAGACCAUGUGGAGAUCUCUGUACGCCAGGUUGGCAAUUGACAUCUCCAUUUGGCUGGCCCCUUCAGCUUUCUGAAGCAGGUAAGCAGAAGAGUUUAUUUACUGCAGUUAAAUACUGGGCUUUUCUCCAAGGAGUACAUGGUUCACCCCCCCCCCAGUUAAUUCCAUAACGACCCUCUGAGGUAGGUUAGGAGGCUGCGACUGGCUCAAGGUCACCCAGUGAGCUUCAUGACUGUGGAGAUUUGAACUCUAUCUCACAGGUCCUACUCUGACACACUAACCACUACACUACAUUAGCUUCCUAGAGUAUGUCUGCUAUGGGACAGCUAUAUCAAUCAAGUAGAUCAAUAAAUACGGGGAAAGCAAAAUGUCACUUAGAUAUGGAUCUGAAAUAUUUUCCUUGAAGCUUUAAUUUGUUUCGUUCUGGAUUGUUUCAUUUGUUGUUUUAAUGUGUUGUAAACAGCUUUGAGAAGAUACAAAUAAUUAUUAUUCCAUGUGGCAGGGGGAAAUGGCGCAUGGACAUUCCAUUGUGGCAGCCAUAACCUAGGUUAAAGGUGCCAUUUGGUGAUUAGAUUGUAUAUCUGAGUUUCUAGCAUUGAGAAACAGAAACACAACACUUGGCAGAACGAAACAUACUUACCAAUAUAAGUUGGUGUGAAUAUAUGGAUCCUUGAUACCAACAUAAUCCCUUGAGCAGACUUAAUUUUGGGCCUACACAAAUAUAGCAUUUCUUGACCUAUACUUAUGGUAGUAAAGAAAUUUUAUACUUCACAUAUGCCCCUGCUCAUAUUUUUAAUUCCUAUAUCAAUAAUACCAUUGGCAGCUGGCAGAGAAUUAUGCACCAACAUUUUGUUAUAUUUUUAUCUUGUUUCUUCAAGAAGCUCAGAAUGGUGCUGACUUUUAUUUCUUAUCUUCAAAAACAAACAAACAAACAAACAAAAAACCCUGUGACAUCCACUAUGCUGUGUGUGACCAACCCUAGGUCACCCAGUGAACUUCAUGGUUGAUAGAAUAUUAAACUCAUGCUGUUUUAGCUGGUCAUAGAAGCCUAAAAUUGUAGAAUUGGAAGGGACAAUGAGUGUCGUCUAGUCCAACCCCCUGCAAUGCAGGAAUCUCGACCAUAGCAUCCAUGACAAAUGGCCAUCCGAUUUCUGCUUAAAAACCUCCAUUGAAGGAAAGUCUUCCAUCUUCCAAGGGAGUCCGUUCCACUGUCAAGCAGCUCAUACCAUCAGAAAGUUCUUCCUGACUUUUGGUUGGAAUCGCCUGGCAUUUUGGAAGACACUGGUUUGGUUUCUGCCCUCUGGAACAGGAGAAAACAAGCAUGCUCCAUGUGACAGCCCUUUAGAUAUUUGAAGAUGGUUCUCAUAUCCUGUCUCCUGUUCAAACUAAACAUACUCAUUCCUCAUAAGGCUUGGUUUCAAGACCCUUCUUCAUCUUGGUAGUGCUCUCCUCUGCACAAGUUCUAGCUUGUCAGUAUCCUUAAAUUGUGGAGCCCAGAACUGGACACAGUGUGGUCCGACCAAGAAAGAAGAGAGCAGGACUAAGUUCUGGUACUUCCCUUGAUCUGAAGCUGCCUAGAAUAACAUUAGAUUUCCCCCCCUGCCAUAUCACACUGUACUCUUAAGGGUUUUCAGCUUCCUGCUCAGUCUCAUAGUUCCUUGGUUUACUUCAAAGGCUGUGUCCAGCAAUAUCGUUUGUAUCCACAAGAAUCAGAAAGAAGAGGUUAUGGUCGGUGGGCUUUAUAAGACUUGGCAACUUUGGUCACAUGAAUCUUUGCACCUGGAAGACAGGACACCUCCUGUGACGUCCUGUUUCCUCUGCCUCUGUCCUCCGCAGUAUGGAGCCACUUACUACCACCACAGGUCUCUACCUACUCUGGGGAGUGGCAGGAAUUGUUCUGUAUGCUGUACCUUCCACAGCCACCUUGGUGUAAUCUGAGUUCUGCAACUGCUAUCCUUGCUCUUCUGGCCCAGAAUCUGUCCGAGGUGAGGGCAUGGAAUCAAUUUUGCAGCUCCAGUGACACAGCAUGACUCCUAACAUGUCCUGCUUCUGUGUGUCAUGUUCCUCCAGGGGUUUGUCUCCUGCAGUGCGCAAUCUUCCUCCUCUCUGGGGGCACCCCAUCUGUGUCGCUGUUCCAUGACGGUCUACUCUGCUCUAAGCUUGCACUUGCUGCAGGUGUAAUUAUUUUGCACAUUCUCGAGCAGGAAGACAAACAAUGGCAGGUCGCUGCAGCAGCUUCUCCACUGUCCAUGUCUCUUGGUCCUACAGACAGCGCAAUACUGCACUCUGGGCCAUCCUCACAAACAACCCUCUUUACAAGUCCUUGUCAGGAGCUCCCAGAGGCUGCAGCCAGCUAAAUACAAAGGUUUCCCCCUAAUAGUUUGGAGCUUUUAUUGUUGGCAACACAGCUACCUUUACUUGUUUUCUCUGAUUGAAUCAUUUUAGUCCUUGCUGCAGUUGCUACUGUGCUGCCUUGUUCUCUGAUCACCAGUAGCCAAGCAAAACACACCUCUUCUAUCUCUGAGGCUCUAGUCUCAGUUCUCAGCUCUGCCUGCUAUCUGCAGCCAAGGAUAUAGAAACCAAGUUCUCACUGUCUCCCAAAGAAGGGAUUCUUUCUCAGUAAGUUGAAGUGGGAAGAAGACUGCCCAGUAUUGGCUUAGUUAGAAGACUUGUGCAUAGUUCUGGAUGGUAUAGUGAGGAGUAUCAUGAACAUGUAAAUAGAGCUAUGACAGCCUUAAUCCUGUUCGCAGCAUCAUAUUUAUGUAAAUGGGAAGCCUGCCAAUAGCUGCAUCGGAAGCUUAACACAGCUAUCUGGAAAAUGCUGAAUUUAUUCAGCUCACUCCAACAUAAAUGUAACUGAUCUGUAAAAGGGAAACUUGGUACUAUUAAAACAUGUGUAAAACAUUAUUGGUUGGGUUCACAAAUGUGUUCAUGCAACAACCCUCUGGCAUUUUUGAAGGUCUGGUUUGAGGACAACUGUUCUAGAGAAACUGUUCUUUCUCUUGGCUGCUUGAGAGACUCCCUUUAAAAAAUUACCCUUUGCUUCCUUUAAAUCAUUGUGACCUGGUGGACUUACCAACACAACUUUUUAUAUUCCUGUGCCCUUUCUGCUGAGAUGGGAGAGGCUUGAAUUUAAGGGAGAAUGAAGUGAUAGAUGUCUUGUACGACUCUGUUAAUGCUUUCUGUCCCACCCCCUUCUCUCCUGCCUCUUAACUGAGCUUCCUUUUAACCCUGUGCUAUGGUCUCGUUACUGCUCUACAAAUUACUGGAUACAGCAAAUUACAAUACAGCAUUAAAUAUUAAAAACUUCCCGAAACAGGACUGCCUUCAGGUGUCUUUUAAAAAUAGGCUAGCUGCUUAUUUCCUUGACAUCUGAUGGGAGGGCGUUCCACAGGGUGGGCGCCACUACUGAGAAGGCCCUCUGUCUGGUUCCCUGUAACCGUCUUGCAAUGAGGUAACCACCAGAACGCCCUCGGCGCUGAACGAUGGGGGUGGAGAUGCUCCUUCAGGUAUACAUGGCUGGGGAACCUGUGGCCUUUCAGAAGUUUGUGGGCUGCUGUCCUGGCCAUUGACCAGUCUGCUUGGAGCUGUUGGGAGCCUGCAAACAUGUGAAGGUUCCCCAUCUGUGUUGUAGAACCUUGACAAAUGUUGUUGUCCUUGAUACUAAAGACUGAUCUCCUUUCCAGUAUUUCCAAGUGAUUCAUAUUUUAGAAAGCUAACAAAUACACAAUGAAUUAACAAUCAAUAGAUCAGAAUUCAAAGUAAUAAAAUGCCUCUUCAGGAUUUAAAGGCCUGGGGGGGGGGUGUCUUUGCCUGGAGUGAAAAAGAUACUGAUAAAGAGUGGGUAUUGGAGGAAUAGUAGUUGCAUAUUCAGAGGACUUCCAUCCAUUCCUCUGUAAUAGAGUUUUGCAACAGCCAGUUUGUAGUCCUGCUCUAUAAUGCAGUGCAAACAAGUGGGAGUCAGGAGGUGGUUUUCAGCAUCAGUCACCACAAGUACCAAGAGCUGCUUGCACUGGAAUUGUUGAAGGGAGGAGAGCUUGCCCCUUGGACAAAUUAGGAUGUAGCAGGCAAGGUCAGAACAGACAUCCCAGCUCCAGUCCUCAGAAUUGUAGUUCAAGCAGAUCAGGGGAGACCCUGCUAUCAAAUGCGUUUCAUAAAGGCAGUGUAAAAUGGCCUGUUGUCUUCCAAGUAUUAACAUUAGUACUUUUUCUUUAAUGUUCAAAGUGCGCUCUUUUGGAACUGAAGAUCGUCCCACAGACCGUCCUGCCCCUCCAAGGGAAGAAGUUUAUGAAUAUAUCAUCUUUCGAGGUAGUGAUAUUAAAGAUAUCACUGUAUGUGAGCCUCCAAAAGCGCAGCAUAAUCUCCCCCAGGAUCCUGCUAUUGUCCAGGUAAGUUAUUUCAUCUGAAACGCCAGUGGUGGCUUCAUCCAGCAGUUGAGCUUGGCCCCCCUUGUGUCUCUUAAUUGAAUUAUCACUAUUGGAGGUUUUUUUACAUUUCCCUCUGGCCUUGCUGCCCACUGUCCCUCCUCUCCCAACCCACUUUGUGUGCAUCUAUAACUGAGGAUUACAGUUCAUGCAUUUGAAGUGGGACUCUCAUCCACAAAAUCUUAUUAUGCCAUAAUAUUUUUUAGUCUUUAAGAUGCCACAAGAUUGUUCUGUUUGUUUAGUACAACAGACAAGCAAGACAGCCCCUCUGUUUACCAUUUCUUAGAUUCCAGUUAGGCUAUUCCCCCUAUAUUAAGAGUGUUUGUUCCUUUGUGAGUGCUAGCUCUCACCCCCCCCAAAAGGUAUGAUAGGGUAGCAAUCAAUUCUGUUCCGUCCCCACCCUUGUCCGGCUUUGUUUGCCGACAACCUGUGCAUUGUAGCUGUUAACCUACAAGGACCUGUGCUAUUUUGUAGUAGUGAUGUUAAACAUUCUGAAUGUUAAAAAACAACUGUGCUGGCGUUGAAUAUUUUUCUACCUCCUGUCCGUCUUCAUUUUGCAGCCUUUAACUUUAUGCACUCCCCAGGGAGGUUCGCCUGGUGCCUUCAUUAUACACUUUUAGGCACCAGGCAAAAACAUUCCUCUUUAACCAGGCCUUUGGUUGAUUGACACCCAAUGCCCUUUUAAUGUUUUUCUUGUUUGUGGGUGUGGGGUAGGGGGAUUAUUGAGUUGUUUUUGUUUACAUUUAUGUAUUUUGUUUUGUUUUUUCAUAUUGUGUUUUUAUCCUGUCAGCCUGUGACCUGUGGGUAUAGGGUGGUGUACAAAUUUAAUAAAUAAUAUGGUGUUCUCUCAUUUUGUAGUCUUCUCUGAGCUCUGCCUCAGCACCCUCCUUUCAGCCACACGUGCCUUACAGUCCCUUCCGAGGUAUGCCGCCCUACAGCCAGCUUGCUGCCAGCUCUUUAAUUAGCCAGCAGUAUGCAGCUUCCCUUGGUUUAGGUGAGUACUGUAACAAUAAACUGAUAUGUCUGCCUGGGCUGUACCACUCCAGAUUGCAGCUGGAGAUUCACAGGGAAUGCUGUUCAGUUUCCAGAAUGGGGGAGACUUCUGUAUUGAUUGGAGAGAGAAGAGGCUCUGAAUGUUUUUGUUUUGUUUUUCUUCCCGUUGGGAAGAAUUCCAUCACGUGAGUCUCCUCCUGCUGUCUAAAGUGGACAGCCCAGACAUUUGUUUACCACCUGCAGUGAGAGCUAAACUGAAGACGUAUAUUGUGUGUAUUCCUCAGUUGUUAAAAGCACGUCUUUUCAGCAGCCCAUGUCUUAUUGGAAUUAAGCUUGAUUUCUUUGCUUUAGCUGCUGACUAGAAACAAGCUAGCUUUAUGAAUUGAAUCUUGUAGGAGUCCUCCACCUUGGGAAAGGCUGCUCAUUCUGUGGUGCAACAGACCGAACCUGGAUCAGAGCUGAUACCUUUGGACUAAUCCCAGCUCAUUCAUAAACUCCUUGUGAUUCCUCAGCUGUAAAAUGAGAGUUAGGGUGUCAUCUGAUCACAGCGAGUGAGAAGAAACUGUACCGGGUUUUAAGAACGCUUAACUAUAUAUUUUUUUUCAGCAGUUAAGUUUCCAGCUUAACUGCUUUCCAUUUAUCAGCUGAAAAUUGGAGAGGAGGAAUCCAAGGCAGUAUGUUUGGACAGUUGCUUCCAUUUUAGGUGCUUAUUAGCAAUGUAGGUUAUUUAAAGGCAUUGAUAGGCUGAUUCCUAAGUUGUGUGAUGCAGAAUGUUCUUCUGGUACCAAUAUCUGUUUUGUUCCUGGUUAAAUUCUCCCCAGUCUCAAAACUGUAAUAACACACACAGAUCUUGAGCCAUCUUUCUUUCCCAACUCACCUGGAUAACUCCUAGUGCCUUGUGUCUUAUUGGUAUCCCUCUUUGCUUUGUCUUUUCCCCUCCUGUCUUUCUUUUAGAGAAACUGGUAAGCCCUCCAGCAUCAGCAGCUGCUUCCAGUCCUAGCACUUCUUCGUCUCCUCAGCCAGUUUCAGAGCCUGACUUGUCAUCAGAGCCACACCUGCUGUCUUCUAAGGGUAACAGCAGCUUGAGGAUUCCAAGUAUUUGGAAGAACUGCAUGGUGUUUUCAAAACCAUUUUGUCUUUUAACCCCCCCUUCUUGCUCCUGAACAAAGUUAACCUCAGCAAGGAUUACAGCAGUAGUCUUUCUGAAAACCUUGGUGCAUUUGCUUCUGCUCCAGGUAUUUGAUUGGUGGAUGAAAAGGAGCUUGAGUUCUGGGUAGUGUUUUAAAUGUUGAGGCAGAACUAGCUAGAGGGAAGGCAGCUAGUGGCGUAGGAGAAAUCCAGUGAAAUGUGGGGACCAGGAAGCAAGGAGGCUGGGCAGUGAUCACUAGUUAAAUUCAGAAACCCUUCCUUGAAGGCUACACCAUGGAGCUUCCGGAAGAACUAUGAUGAUCAGAAACCACAAUGCAAAUUGAAGUUCAAGGAAUUGAACCUGUAAGCCUAGAAUACUGAUGGCUUAUAGGACAUGCAUCACACCAAGCUGUUGUAUAGCGGAAUGUCUUGUCUGUGGAUGACUGGCUGGCCUUGGAUAAGAUUUGGGCUACUCUUGUGGCCUUUUAAAAUGUGUUGGUUUUGAGAUUCUGGUUUGAGAUUGUGCUACAAAUAUCGGAUGCCAGGGUUUCGCAAGAGGAGAGGACAAGUAACUGCUUGGGGGGCGGGGAGAGGGUGCCUGCUGGGAAUGGCAAUGUUGACAAUGUUCAAAACUGCAUGAAGGAAUUUCUACUCAAAAUUUCUACAGUAAAAUUUGCCUGUGAGGGCUGCGUUGCAUGUUAUGCUUUGUGUGGCUACUAAGCUGUUCUCUUGCAUGUGUCUUGUCCGUGGCUGUGCAUUGUCUGUCCAGCUUGAGAACAUAAUUGAAGCUAGGCAGGUUGCAUUACCUUGGCAUGAAUUAACUUGGGGGUUUUUUAGAACAGAGGUCUAAGGCUCUGCAAAUGUCUCUCUUGGCUGCAAAUCUAAUCAAAACUGCUUUUCUGAAUCAAGGAUUCUGGGGAAGCUUAUAGGGGGCUUGAGACUUAACAGUAGAAGCCGUCUGAAUAUCGUGCAUCAUACAUUCAGGGGGAUAGUGAGUUGUGACAGGUUUGUUGCAAUAUUUCCACAUGGAGGUAAGUUGUAGUUGGCUCCAUCAGAUUUUCCUCUGGUGAUGCUCGAGUUUGCUUUUUAAGGGCUCUUCAAUUAAUGGUACGCAUUGUCCCUUGGCUGCUUUAGCAAGAGGUUCAAAUCUGCAUUCUUAAUAAAAACAAUUUGGUCAAACUGCGCUGAGACUAAACUUUACACUGAAGUGUUUGGGUUGCGUUUUGGUGGCAAUUUACCCUGCAUAGUUGCUUUUAGUUACAGCAUGAUCUAGCCCCUAAAUGCCAUUGUAGUGCAAAGCUAAAUAUGCACAAGGGACAGUGCUGGAACAUUUAAUCUCAAUUCUGGGAGGCUUUGUACGUUGGAACAGGACUAUACAAUCAAACAAAAAAGAAAAUUCUGCACCCAAACUACUGUGUGUGCUUUUUAGUUCAAGAAUGAAGGCUUUCAAAAGAUUUUCACAUUUUUGAGACAAACUUUGGUUUCUACUAUCGUUUUACGAGAUUUCCUCACUGUUAAGAGUUUUAAGUGGUGAGAUGGAGUAACGAGUUUAGUACCUGUUGAGUGGCAGAGUUGUGCCACAUGUCUGCUAGCUAACGAAACUCCUGCUGAAUUUCUUUCCCCGCCCUGCAAAGAUUCCAGACUUCACUGUGUCUGUCAACUUGGUUUCAAGCUAUGUUAACACGGGUGAGACAUUGGGAGCCAUUUUCACAAACAGGGAUUCAGUGGAGACCCAAAUACUUUAUUGGAAAUAUACAGACUGCCUAAACAUUUUCUUACAAUCAAGCGGCACAUAAAUUUUGCUAGAUAAGUAAAUUAAAAAAACUCCACUCACUGUUCGUCUCUCUUCUAUACCAUGAACAGCCGUAUUCUGCACCUUAACCAAAUAAUAGUUCUUGUGGAUUUGCUACUGCCGGGUAGCAGUGUGCCUUUGCGAGGGGAAAAGCCUGUUUAAGUUAGUACUUUUUCAGAGCAAUGUGAGGUCCAAGGCACAUGGGGAAGUGAAGGGCUGAUAGGCCGCAGAAACCAUGCAGGUGUGCUAGUCUGCUGUGGAUUAUUGGCUACUAAGUACCUCUUUGAAAUGUGUGCUUAUGCAUGAGGAUCAGAACAUGUGUAAAUCAUGUGGCUAUGUAGAAGGCUAACAUCUGUGAUAUUGCAUGCAAUUUAAACUAGUUGAACACUCCUGGUUGACACCGAGGGUGGGGAAUUUUGGACCUGUGGCCAAUCGCUACCUUCCAGGCCUUGGGGCUCUUACCCCAGGCCUUAUCCCUCAUUGGCCCUGUUCCACACCCUCCUUGAGUGUUCUUGCUUGGCUGGAAUGGGCCCUUGAACUCGGAUAAUUUAUGUAGCUUGCUUGUCUCAAUGGAGAGGUGUGUUUGUGUAGAAACUAGUUUACAGUACAAGGUAAAAGUUCCAUUUUUCACUUCAGCCUGUGAGUACUCUCGCUAAACAUUUGCCUAGAUUUCUGUCUGGGACCAUCUUGCUCAACCGGAUAGCUGUCAGUUUGAAUGCUUUUCAGUGGUUAAUCUGACUUCCCAACAUCAGUUAAAAGAAAAUUUAGAUUCUAUAUGUAUUUUAUUUCUAUGCUAUUACUCUCAUUUCCUGGACUGGAUUAAAACCAAGCCGCCAUCUCACCUGAACAUAGUCUCAAAUGCAGGAAAUGUAUUCUAGGUGAAGCCCCUUUUCAGCAGAACUUUCUGUUCCAAACUCUUUUGGCAGGAUGUGGGAGACUAGUUCCAGUUCAGAACCACCACCAUGAGUCCUGACAAUUCCUUGGUUUCCCCACAGGAGCUGCUUUUCCAUCAGUUCAUUCAGUGCGCAAAAGUCCCAUGGUGGAGCAGGCUGUUCAGACGGGCCCCAUUGAAAACUUGAAUCCCAAAAAAGCUCCUCCAAUCAAAGUCAUUCCGGCGGUCCAGCGGAACAUGCGCCAGAUUCCACAAAGUAACAAGACAAGUGGUACAGAAAUGCUUUCUUUCAGAAAUAUGUCAGCACUGUUAAAACCAGGUCUGAAGUCUGCUUCAGCUAACAUCUGCUGAUACCGUUCAGCUUGUUGGUUUAUAUUGUUGAGUUGAAUAGACUUUCCUAUUUUGCCUUAGAUACAGUUGAGCCAGCGCCUGUUCAAAUGCAAGGGCAAGUGAAUGAUGAGAAUAGAAGGCCUCAGAGGAGGAGAUCAGGUAUGUUACCUGACUGUAGAUUUUUCCACACUGAAUUGCCUUCCUGUGUGUUACUUCUGUAUGUGUAAGAUUGGGCAGAAGAACAUGGAUUAAUGCACCACUGAUUCUAGAGGACUAGAACAAAAUGGCAUUUGAUAAUGUCAUGUCUAGAAAGGAAAGCAUGUGGAUAACUGGCAAAUCACAUCUUUGACCCACAAGACCCUGAGGUCUGUCUAGUUAACAUGACUUAAGCAAUCCAAAGCACAGACCACCGUCAGUCCAUUUGAAAAUGUCAAAAUCCAAGUUGAAAUUUCUUGAGUUAUGAGCCAAUUAGUAUGCCUGAAUGGCUACUCUAAUUUCCAGUUACUUGAAAACUUCACAAUAGCAGUUCAGUAGCAAAAGGUCUCACUGUGUUACAGCUUUAAUUGAGAAGGGGCCUGAAUUGUUGAAUCCUAGAAGUUCAUGAAUGGGUAAAUUCAAAUACUGGGUGUUCUGGUGCUCCACACCAGUAUUACACUCAUAGGCAUUCAAGUAGCAAAUAGCCGGAGCAGCUGGGCUGCUAUAAUUAUCUCCACAACAGAAGUAUAAUGACAGGUGUAGCAUCACUCCAUGGUCACAUGCAAGGAACCUGGCCUGUCUAGAGCCAGGGAAACUCAAGUUAGGAAGUAUUCUUCUACUUCUUUUCAGGAAACAGGAGAACCAGGAAUCGCUCCCGAGGGCAGAAUCGACCCACUACCGUGAAAGAGAAUACAAUAAAGUUUGAGGGCGACUUUGACUUUGAAACUGCAAAUGCGCAAUUCAACCGAGAAGAGCUGGACAAAGAAUUCAAGAAGAAGCUCAAUUUUAAAGGUUUGCAAGUUCGCUAAUGUGUGUUCUUGUUGUGAUCUGGAUGCCAGUUCCUCCAGCAAUGGGUGAAGGGAAGCAUCUGGCUGAGGACAAAUGGCAACGUGGCUUGUUCAUUGCGCACGAAUGUGUUUUUCCAGAUGAGAAAGUUGAGGCAGGAGAAGAAAAGGGGGAGCCUGCUGUUGCUGCUGAGAAUUGCGAUGGCAAUGCAGAUGAAGAACUCCUAGGGCCCAACUGCUACUAUGACAAAUCCAAGUCUUUCUUUGACAACAUCUCAUCAGAACUGAAACAAAGGUUAGUUACUCAUGGAUCUUAGAACCUCCACUUUAUAGCUUCAUUGGCUUUCUAAUCAUAGUCAUCAGAAGUCCCCGGUUCUAUUCAUUUGGGUAUCCCUUUCCCCACCCUCCCUGGUCAGGGAGCUUGUGAAGUUGAUCUGAGGCUGAAUGUUCAAAAUCAUCAUCGUUAUCAUAUUGAAGAGUAAAUUGGUGCUCUGUCCUUAACCGUGCACAUCAUUCAAGGGAACGGUUUGCAACACCAUCUGGGGGGGGGGCAUGUACAGUGGUGCUUCAGGUUAAGUACUUAAUUCGUUCUGGAGGUCCGUUCUUAAUCUGAAACUGUUCUUAACCUGAAGCACCACUUUAGCUAAUGGGGCCGCCGCGCCGCCAGAGCAUGAUUUCUGUUCUCAUCCUGAAGCAAAGUUCUUAACCCAAGCGUCUGUAACCUGAAGUGUAUGUAACCCGAUGUACCACUGUAUUCUGAUGGGGAAAACUGGUCCUUUGUUCCUUAGUUCAAGGCGUACAACGUGGGCCGAAGAACGGAAGCUCAACACAGAGACGUUUGGUGUGUCUGGGCGGUUUCUUCGUGGCCGUAGCUUUCGUGGGGGAUUUCGUGGCGGAAGGGGGUCUGGAGCUGUGCGGCGAAGUCAGGCUCCUCCCAGAGUGGGCACUGGAAGAGUGUGAACCUUGCAGGCAAGCUGUAAAAUUAAAUUAUCUUUGGUUCUGGGUCUGGAGUGCUUUGGGGCGUUCUCUGCAUCAAGUAAAUCAAAUUGUCUACCCGGUAAAAUGAGUUUGUCCAUCGGAACCAACCAGUUCAAGAUCUUCAUGGCAGUGAAACUUAGGAAACUGUUUCUGUAGAGCUGUAUUUGUCCUGUGAUUUCUUUGGAGAAAGGAUAAUAAAAUGCAGGUUCUGGCUCAGCUCUUGGCGUUAAGGGAAGUGUGACAUAGAAGCACCUCUCUGCUAUCUAUGUUUCUAACCUAUUUCCAAUGAGCUCAGGGUAGCGCAUAUAUAUAUAUAUAUAUAUAUAUAUAUAUAGUUAAGUAUCAAGUGCAGAAUCUGAAUAUUUCAGUUCAUUUUCCCCAGCAUUUUGAGAACCAGGCUGGGAGGCAAUAGGGAAAAUGUUCUCAUGCAAAUGUAAAAUGCUUGUUUUUCUUUCUGUUGUCCAGGUUCUCAAGCGUGUUCUGUUACGAUGUGUACAUAGGAAGGAGGUAACAAGCAGACCUGCUGCACUUAAAACAUGGGUGAAUGGAGUGAUAUGUCCACAAGCUUGUACUCCUGACGGCACUGCUGCUUCUGUGUCAAAGCAGGAUUGGCGCACUGGAGCAACUUGGACAAAGAUGCGUGCUCACUAACCACCUUUACCAGGAGUCUCUUCUUUUUUUUCUUUAAGGUAGCACAAGGAACUUGUGCUGCUUCUAGGUUCCAAAGGCUGCUAUAGCUGAACACACAGAACACCUAAUCUGUUCCCUGAAGGAGAUGAGACAAUUCUAAAUUCUUCAAAAAGCGAACCAAAGCUUGUUUGAAACCAGCAACCUCUUAAUCUGUGGAACAAAGAUUCUGCUGGUCUCCUUCCUUCUGUUGUUUCUUAUUUCUUUUUUUGUCUUUUCACCAUUCACCCUCCAGGUUGAAACAAAUCAUUUUGAUGUCUAGAAACGAGUUGUAGUGCAACAAGUUGUAUGUAAUGCGGUGAUGGGAAUUGUCGCUGAUCAUGUAUCUGUAAUUCUGGGUUCACCACGUAAAUGUAUAGUUUCUAUGGGGAACUGUACAACAAAUUUUCUUGAGGUGCUGGUCACCCCUCCUGUAGGAAUGCUAAGCAACUAAGCUGGCCAAUGGCAAGUGCCGUUCUCCAGCCCCCUCCCAAUAUUAGCCUCCUCCUCCUCCCAUGCAAUGAAGCUUUCUCCAUGUGAGGAAGGCUACACAUUAUGGGAUACCCAUGCAGCAACUCUUAAAGGAGAUUUGAGAUUUUACCCCACCCUUAAAGGGGAAAAAAAGUUUAAGCUUUUGGUUAAUAGUCCUUUUCUUGGAGAAAGAGCAAUACAUGCUUUGUAUUCUUGGUACACGAGUAGGACUUCGAAUCCUCAAAAUGGGGAAGAGGAACCUAAAUGGAACUUAGGAAACCAGCAUGUUCCAAGUCCUUCAACAGAUUCCCUCUUUCCCAAACUCUGUAAAUAGUUCAGGUCUUUUUUUGUUUUUAAAUAAUUUUUUGGGGGGGUUGAAAGGUGGGUAAGGAGGGAUUAUAAACUCUUGCAUGAAAGUGGGUUAAGCCUGUAGUAAUAGGCAUGUGUCCCUUUUUGUUAGCUAUAGGAAUGUUUUGUUAAAAGGCCUCUUUUGGGUGCCAUUUAUUCUCUCCCACCCUGUUUCAUGGCUAGCUUUUUCAGUUCCUCCCUAGGUCAUGCAUUCACUUAUGUUGUUAUAAAAGCUUGGGUUUAUUUUGUAGGCCUUUAUCAUGGGCUGCUUUAUGGAGUCAUGUAAAUUGUAAUUACAAAUAAACAUGUAAAUGUUUAAUCCUCGU